AUGGCAAGCGAAAAGGAAGCUACGACGUACUCUCCACUUCUCACCGAAGAACAGCACAAUUCAUCGCCAAGAUCUCGGCCAACAAUGGCCUCGUUUAUAUUUUACAAAUUCAUUCGGACUUGUGUCGCAGAAAUGCUCGGAACUAUGACUUUCGUGUUUGUUGAUGUUUGCAGUGUGAGUUUGGUCUUUGACUCUGGAAAAUUUGCAGGAUUCACUCAUGGCUUCAUUCUGUUUGUUAACGUCGCUGCAACUGCCACUGUUAGGUAAGAUAGUGCAUGGGAUAUUCAUAAUGAUUUAAAGCUGCCUUGAAUCGUCUCUGAACUUCUUGAAACUAAAGAUUGAAAAGAUUUCGAUGUUAACAGAUGUGUCUACGACUGGGUUAUAUAAGGCUAAGCUCCACUGACUUUCUGACGAAUGGCGUUUACUCGAAACGUCGGCAACUUGUGCAUGGUAGUUUAUUGCUGUGCAUCCUUAUUUUUGAGCAUAAGACGGUAUAGUUUUAGAAUAGUACACUAGGCCUUGCCCUUAGACGGUUUUAACCUAUAUAGUUAGUUAAUUAUGUACGCUAUGUUCGGUUGCGGACACGACAUCACAGCUGCUCAAUUCAACGUCAAGUAAAAUGGGGAAGCAUGUAGGCCAUACGGCUAAAAGUGUACAUUUAUACAAUGGUUCAGUCUUCAGUGCAUAUAUGUUUUAACUCAGAACGUGACUUGGGCUUGAUAUUCGAUCUUGCAACGUACACUUCUACCAUUCGCCGUUUUGCCUUUUGCCAGCGUUGCCAAGGCCACAAUAGAACCUCGAUUUGUUUCGAAUGAAUUUCGUGUCCGAAUAAGGAAAAAACAUGCGCGAAACCGCUACGAUGCAACCGUGCUAGUUUUGAUGAGAAAACAAUGCAGAUGUGACGAUCAAAUUAAAAUUAAAUUUCCAUGAAUUAAACCAUCAAUAGAUUUAGUUUAAGUCAACCAUUCUUCUCUUCUCGAUGAAGAAGAGUCACUGUGCUAUAUAUAGUAUAGGGCAUAGCCAUAGGACUGUGAUUCAGGUUCAUUAUAACAAUGAAUGAACACAAUAACACCAAAGAAAAAAUUUCCUAACAAACGAGUCAAAAAGCACACUGAUAAAAUCUCAACCGCUUUUAGUGCAGACAGCGAAGAAUUCCGAAAAAUUACACUUCCUUUGUGUAUAAAGACUAAGUGCAAGACAGGACAAAUAUCGUUUUCUUAUAAAAUUGUCCACAUUCGGAAUAACUUUCCGCGUCCUUUAUAAAGUCAAGCCAAUGUUUAAGUCGUUUUAAAAGUAAAUUAAGGAAGCAUCUCCUAAAUUAAUAUUUGACAGCUAUAGUUAACUAAAUUAGUAAUACUUGCAUGUGUUUUAGUUAGGAUUAAUCAAUUGUCCAGCAUAACUAUUUAAUAUUGUAAAUUAAAAUUGUCACUGAAAAGCCCUGUUGCAUGGGCGUUGUCAAUAAAUAUUGACUAUUGUAUUGUGUUGUAAAAAUACUGUUGUUCGAAACUGCGAUGUAACGAAACUCCGAGGUCAAAAGGAAUGUCGUUUUGUUUACGGUAGCCAACCACAAGACAUGUUCAAUUUAGCUUCGUGUUUACAGAAGAACAAAGUUCGUUAAAUUAUAUAAUCAUUUCGGGAUUUCGCUUUUGUUCUGCAUGCACGCUCGUGUUGGCAUUCGUACAAGUUGCGCUUAAUUAAACAUGGAUCAAACGAGCAGGUUGAAAGUGCCGAUGUGGAACGGUUGUCAGUCAUGCGACCUUUGGUUAGCUGCUCUCAACGGCCACCGUCUCCAACAAGUCUGCCAACAAGGCGUCAAUUAACAAGUUGUGUUCGCACUGCAUGUCGCUUGUCCCAAGUUGUCAACAAGUUCGGAACUACAAGCUGUUGACAACUUGUAACAACCUUGUCGAUGUUAUCAGACUUGUUGCCAGCUAGGUGCCAACAAGUCCGAUACAUGCAGUCAUGAUAUAACUGAAUAUUGUUAUAACCUUGUAUCGCGUCAAGCUUGUAAGAUUCUUGAUAUACAGGGUGUCCCAAAAAACCCGAAAACUAUUGAAAUCACCAAUAACAAUUUAAUUGUUAGAAUUUGAAUGCCUUAGCGCUCUGUUGGUUCCCACGAGUGGAUAAAUGAUUGACAUAAAUAAAUUUUAUGCAUAAAGAAACUGUUUAAGAAGCUGUUUUUAAUUCCCAGGAGCAGAAAAUCGCGCACUUUACCAGGAGAUAUUCCUAACUAAAUUCUAAUACAUGCACCUUGUCAAUAUUUUACGCAUCAUUACGUCCAGCUGUUUGGUAGGGCAUUCAAAUUUAACAAUAAGUGAUUUCAAUAGUUUUCGUUUUUUCUGGGGACACCCUUAAACCGACUAAACAAUAACAUAGUAAACUUGCAUAAUUAAACAGCAACUAAAAAUGAUAGGUUUUACUAAAUCUUUUCCUGUGCAAUUAUUACUAGCAUUGGAGACAAGGAUAAUAGUUUGUUUGAAAGAGAAAAGAACAGGCUUUGAAGUAAGCCUAAUAUCAUGCAUGGCUGUAUCAGAUUUGUUAAAAGUUAAAACAACCUUGUAACAAGUCUGAUAUAAAUGCCAUCAAGCUUGUUACAAGUUGUUAACAGCCUGUUCCAAACUUGUUACAACAACUGGGAACAAAGACGCGUAAAAACACACACAAGUUGUUGCAGGUGUGCAAACAAGUUGUUACAAAUCUGUUCACAAGCUGUCGACAAGUUGUGUUCGCACUGCUUGUUCCCAGUUGUUGUAACAAGUUUGGAACAAGCUGUUAACAACUUGCAACAAGCUUGAUGGCCAUUAUCAGACUUGUUACAAGGUUGUUCUAACAAGUCUGAUACAGUAACAGUCAUGAUAUAACAAGAAUGUUCCAAGGUUGCGGACGACACAAGAUUGUAACCGAGUAUUGUUAUAUCAGGACUGUAUCGGACUCAUAGGCGUACCGGGCGGGGGGGGGGGCGGGGGGGGGGCAGUAGCCCCCCAGUUUUUUGGGCAGUCGGGCAAUAUUCGAUCAACAGUCGGGCAAUUUUGGUUUGCAAUAAAAAAAAUGGGACAAAUUCUGUCAAUUCUGUCUAAAAUUAAGUCAAUUUUUUGGCAAAUUUUGUGAUUUUUCGAGAAUUUGUGUUAUGUUCCGAAAAAUAUUGGUUGUCCGGAAAAUUUUUUUGACCCCUAAAAUGGUACACUGACCAAAAUUUUUUUGGCGACUGGGCGGGGGAGGUCGCCAAAAUAAUUUUUCCGGAAAAAAUUUUUUGGUACUGGUCGGGCAGAAUCCCGAAAAGUCGGGCAAUUUUCUUUCCGCCCCCCUAAUUUUUUCCUUCCGGUACGCCCAUGAAUUCGGACUUGUUGGAACAACCUUGCCACAAGUCCGAUGAUGUCAUCAAUCUUGUUACAAGUUGUUAACAGCUUGUUCCAAAGUUGUUGACCGCAACUUGGGACAACCGGACAAGCAGUACGAACACAACUUGUUGACGGCUUGCCGUUAGCAGACUUGCUACAAGAUGUGAGAUUUUUACGUGCAUGUGUAGUGCGAAGACAACUUGUCGACAGCUUGUGAACAGAGUUGUAACAACUUGUUUGCAGACCUGUAACAACAUGUGCGUUUUUACAUGCGUACUGUUUAGAACUUUAUUUUGCUAAUCAGAACUUGAAAUAUCCCCUGUUGUGACUGCCAUGCUGUCAUCACAUGCCAUGUUUGAUAUCGUGUUACGAAAGCACAAAUCGAUAUACGAGACCUCUUCCGCUUGACAAUUUAUCAACAGUCUAAUGGUUGACCUCGGCUCUCAUAAUCUAUGCAAAAUGGAAGAAGAUAACAAUUUUCAAAUUCAGGAACUACCAUCUCGAACAAGGGUGUCUUCGAAUGUAUUUUAUACAUUCAUUCGGCCUUGUGUAGCGGAAAUGCUCGCAACCAUGUGUUUUGUAUUCGUUGAUCUGUGCAGUGUUGGCAAUCCGGUUGCUGGACUAGCUGGAUUUACUCAUGGUUUUGUUCUGUUUGUUUUGGUCGCUGCGACUGCUACUGUUAG